CGGAGGGGGCGGCGGAAGUGACGACCCGACCGGGAGAUACCAUGUGGUAUUUAGGGGGAGCGCUCUGUCCUCCGUUUCCGGUUUGUCUGGGCCCGGACUCUAUGGUAGCAGCACGUGUAGUCCUCCACCGGCGGUCCUGGGUCAGAGAGUCCGUGACGUCAUUCAGUGUCCUGGAGGAAAUAGCGUAGGAGCAGUCACCAUGUUUGAUCUCUGCGACUGGAACGAUUCUUCAGAGGCCCAGUCCCUUUUUCAGUCUUUUAAAAAGGCGCAGCCAGGAGAGAAAACUGCAAAGAAGGAAACUGGAAUUACCAGUAGGAAGAAACGUCUGAAGAGAACUCAGAAACUCUUGGAUGUUCUACGCAUAUUGGAAGCUCCUAGUGACCAUGAGACUGCCAUCCCACCAAACCUCCAAGUAUCACCUGUGACAAAGCGCAGAAAAAAGCAUGGAAAAGAGCAGACAGAACCUGAUGCUCCUCGUGCCCCCGAACCUGAGCCCUCAGAUCCCGUGUCUGCUGAACUGAACGUGCGUGUGAGCCGCAAACAAUGGAGAAAUAGGAUGAAAAACAAGAAGAGAAAUAAAAACAAGUUCACGUCACCUUUGGAGACUGUUGCCAGGUCGUCUGGUUCUAGAGACCGUAAUAAUAAGGAGAGUAGAAUGGUUUCUGGACAGCCAGGGGAGAGUCUGCAAGUCACUGGAUGCAUUAAAAACCAGGUUAGACAGAGGAAAUUCUCCGAACCAAGUAACUCCGAUCUGGGAGGGAAAGAGCUUGGAGAUGAAGUUGCUACAAUAGACUGUCCUGCACCCCGUGGGCUUCCCAUAGUCACUGCACAGGACAAGCGGAGACUGCAGAAGCUAAAGAAAAUUGUCCAAGGAAGUGGGAGAAAUGGAGACAUGCACAGCGGACCCCACCACACCAAAGAAGAGGAUAAAGAUGACUUAGAGAAACAGAAAGUUGAUCAGAAUGAGAAUGUCCUUCCUGAGGAUCGCUCGGCUAGUUUGCGCUCACGCAUGGAGAAGCGUCUUAGUUCCGCCCGCUUUCGAUACAUCAACGAGGAACUUUAUACAUCAGACAGCAGCAAGGCACGCAGCUUGUUCGAGAACGAUCCUGAAGCAUUUGUUAUCUAUCACAGCGGCUUCUCGCAGCAAGUACAACACUGGCCCGUGAACCCCAUCAUGGAAGUCAUAAAAUACGUCAAGAACAGACCUCCUUCUCUGGUGGUGGCUGAUUUUGGCUGUGGGGAUGCCCUGCUAGCACGCAGUGUCCGAAAUAAAGUUCACUCAUUUGAUCUGGUGGCCCUCAAUGACCGUGUUACUGUUUGUGACAUCGCCCAGGUGCCUCUUUCGGAUGAGACCGUUGAUGUUGCAGUAUUCUGUCUGUCUCUCAUGGGAACAAAUCUCAGUGAAUUUCUGCAAGAAGCAAACAGAGUCUUGAAAAUGGAGGGAGUCCUGCUGGUGGCGGAGGUGAGCAGUCGAUUUGACGAUGUCAGACAGUUUCUCAGUGCAAUGGCCCAGCUUGGAUUCAAGAAUGUGACAAAGAACACAGACAGCAGUUACUUCUUCCUGUUUGAGUUCAGUAAAAUCGGGAUGCCUCGGGAUUGUGUGAAGCAUCCAGGACUGUCAUUAAAACCAUGUCUGUACAAAAAGAGAUAAACAUGGAGAGAGAACAUCUGACCCUCGAGCCUUAGUCUUUACACCCAAUAGCCCCUUCAAACAUUUUGUCUUUUGAGGCCCCUCCAUCUCCGAAUAACUGUGUGUGGCCAGGCCCCUCCAUCUUUACAGCUGAUGUGGCGGUAUUCCCUUUACCCCAAUCCUAUAAGCAGUAUGUGACCAUCUGAACAUGCCCUCGGGGGCUGGACCUCUUUUAUUCAUAUAUAUAUAUAUAUAUAUAUAUAUAUAUCUCAUCUCACUUUCCGCAUUCUCAUUCCUCCCCCUGACUAGAACUGGCAGUAACAGUCCUUGUGAGACAUCAGACCUGAAGAAAGGAAACUAGAUUUUAUUGAACAGUAAGGUUAUUGCAUUUUCAUACAGCUGUUGAUAUCACAGAAGGCUGACUGCAUGC